AUGGCGGCCCUGUUAAUUUUAUUGUUAUUUACCUUUUAUGUGGGUUCUUCACGAGGGCAGCUGAAAAUCGGUUUUUACUCUGAAACGUGCCCUGAAGCAGAGUCCAUCGUGAGUGGAGUUGUACGAGACGCUUUUCUCUUAAACUCAAACAUGGCUGCUGUUUUGCUGAGGCUCCACUUCCAUGACUGUUUUGUAGAGGGUUGUGAUGGUUCAAUUCUGAUAGACAACGGUGCAAAUGCUGAGAAACAUGCAUUUGGUCACCAAGGUGUUGGAGGAUUUGAAGUCAUAGAGAAAGCUAAAGCCCAACUUGAAGAUGUAUGCCAAGGAGUGGUGUCUUGUGCAGAUACUGUGGCCUUGGCCGCUCGAGAUGCGAUAGCUUUGUCGAAUGGACCAUCUUAUCAGGUCCCCACUGGCCGCAGAGAUGGUCAUGUUUCCAAUAUUUCGCUGGCGGAUGAGAUGCCAGACAUUAGUGACUCAAUUCACCAACUCAAGACUAAGUUUUUGCAGAAGGGACUGUCAGAUAAAGACCUUGUGCUUCUUACUGGAGCUCAUACAAUUGGCACGACAGCAUGUUUCUUCAUGACCAAGCGGCUUUACAAUUUUUUCCCUGGUGGUGGAUCUGAUCCAGCAAUCAACCCCACCAUCGUUCCAGAGCUUAAAGCAACUUGCCCCAUAAAUGGAGACGUCAAUGUAAGAUUAGCAAUUGACAGAGGCAGCGACAAAAUAUUUGACAAGCAUAUUUUGCAAAACAUCAAGGAUGGAUUUGCUGUGCUAGAAUCUGAUUCCAAGCUUAAUGAUGACUUUACAACUAAGGCUAUAAUCGACUCCUACUUAGGCUUUCUCAACCCAAUUUUUGGACCUUCCUUUGAGGCCGAUUUUGUCCAAUCAAUCAUAAAAAUGGGCAACAUUGGUGUCAAAAUAGGAAUGCAAGGUGAGAUUAGGCGCCUUUGUGCAGCUUUCAACUAA